GUUAAUGGGGAACUGCGUGUCCCGGAAUCCAUCUCUGCCUCUCUUUUCAGCCCCUUCUGGGAUUCCGUUCCCAGUUUGGGUUUUUAUUGGUCCUUCUUGGAUCCUUGCUCGACCUCCCUCGAUCCACAGUUCCACCUACAUCAACCCCUCGUCCUGCAUUCUCUGCUGCUGAGUGCCUUUCACCUUUGGCUGAUGGAUACUUGACGUUUGGGCCCCAGGAUGAGGAGGAGCUUAGCUCCCAGUCAGCUGGCCAGAAGGAAACUGGAAGGCAGAUCUGAUGAUGAAGAAGACUGGCAGCCUGAGGCAGUGACACAGAAGAAACAGAAAUCCAGUAAUGAGACCCAGAUCCAAGAGUGUUUCUUGUCCCCUUAUCGGAAACCUUUAACUCAGCUAACAAAUCGACCACCCUGUCUGGAUAGCAGUCAACAUGAAGCAUUUAUUCGAAGCAUUUUGUCAAAGCCUUUCAAAGUCCCCAUUCCAAAUUAUCAAGGUCCUCUGGGCUCUCGGGCAUUGGGUCUGAAAAGGACUGGGGUCCGCCGGGCUCUUCAUGAUCCCCUGGAAGAAGGUGCCUUGAUUCUGUACGAGCCUCCCCCACUGAGUGCCCAUGAUCAGCUGAAGCUUGACAAGGAAAAACUUCCUGUCCAUGUGGUUGUUGAUCCUAUUCUUAGUAAGGUUUUGCGGCCUCAUCAGAGAGAGGGAGUGAAGUUCCUGUGGGAAUGUGUCACCAGUAGGCGCAUACCUGGCAGCCAUGGCUGCAUCAUGGCUGAUGAAAUGGGCCUGGGAAAGACACUGCAGUGCAUCACGUUGAUGUGGACACUUUUGCGCCAAAGUCCAGAGUGCAAGCCAGAAAUUGAUAAAGCAGUGGUGGUGUCGCCCUCCAGUCUGGUGAAGAACUGGUAUAAUGAGGUUGGGAAAUGGCUUGGAGGAAGGAUCCAACCUUUGGCCAUCGAUGGAGGAUCUAAAGAUGAGAUAGAUCAAAAGCUGGAAGGAUUCAUGAACCAGCGUGGAGCCAGAGUGCCUUCUCCUAUCCUCAUCAUUUCCUAUGAGACUUUCCGCCUUCAUGUUGGAGUUCUUCAGAAAGGAAGUGUUGGACUGGUCAUAUGUGAUGAGGGACACAGACUCAAGAACUCUGAAAAUCAGACUUACCAGGCUCUGAAUAGCUUGAACACCAGUCGACGGGUGCUCAUCUCUGGGACCCCCAUCCAGAAUGAUCUGCUUGAAUAUUUCAGCUUGGUACAUUUUGUUAAUUCGGGCAUCCUGGGGACUGCCCAUGAAUUCAAGAAACAUUUUGAGAUGCCAAUUUUGAAGAGUCGAGAUGCAGCUGCAAGUGAAGCAGACAAGCAGCUAGGGGAGGAGCGACUGAGAGAGCUUAUCAGCAUUGUGAAUAGGUGCCUGAUACGGAGGACCUCUGAUAUCCUUUCUAAAUAUCUGCCUGUAAAGAUUGAGCAAGUGGUUUGUUGCAGGCUGACACCCCUUCAGACUGAGUUAUACAAGAGGUUUCUGAGACAGGCCAAGCCAGCAGAAGAGUUGCGUGAGGGCAAGAUGAGUGUGUCUUCCCUUUCUUCUAUCACCACUCUGAAGAAGCUUUGUAAUCAUCCAGCUCUCAUAUAUGAUAAGUGUGUGGAAGAGGAGGAUGGUUUUGAGGGUGCCUUGGACAUCUUCCCCCCUGGUUAUAGCUCCAAGGCUCUAGAGCCACAGCUGUCAGGUAAGAUGCUGGUCCUCGAUUAUAUUCUGGCAGUGACACGAAGCCGCAGCAGUGACAAAGUAGUGCUGGUAUCCAAUUAUACCCAGACAUUGGAUCUCUUUGAGAAGCUCUGUCGGGUUCGAAGGUACUUGUAUGUCCGCCUGGAUGGCACAAUGUCCAUUAAGAAGCGAGCCAAGGUUGUGGAGCGCUUCAACUGUCCAUCGAGCCCUGAUUUUGUCUUCAUGCUGAGCAGCAAAGCUGGAGGCUGUGGCCUCAAUCUCAUUGGGGCUAACCGGCUGAUCAUGUUUGACCCUGACUGGAAUCCAGCCAAUGAUGAACAAGCCAUGGCCAGGGUCUGGCGUGAUGGUCAAAAGAAGACCUGCUAUAUUUAUCGCCUGCUGUCUGCAGGAACCAUUGAGGAGAAGAUCUUCCAGCGGCAGAGCCACAAGAAGGCACUGAGCAGCUGUGUAGUGGAUGAAGAACAGGAUGUAGAGCGGCACUUCUCUCUGGGCGAGUUGAAGGAGCUCUUUACCCUGGAUGAGGCUAGCCUCAGUGAUACACAUGACAGGCUGCACUGCCGCCGUUGUGUCAACAGACGCCAGGUCUGGCCACCCCCUGAUGGUUCUGACUGCACUUCAGACCUGGCCCAGUGGAACCAUAGCACUGAUAAGCGGGGGCUCCAGGAUGAGGUACUCCAGGCUGCCUGGGAUGCUGCCUCCACUGCCAUCACCUUCGUCUUCCACCAGCGUUCCCAUGAGGAGCAGCGGGGGCUCUGCUGAUAACCAGCGGGUCUGAGUGUAGCUGUUAGCAGAAGGGUACAGGGAAAAGGGGCUACCUGCCCCAAGGGUCCUGCUAAAUUUUGUUCUCUGGGAGAAAAUCAUCAAGAAGGGCUGCAUGAUGUUUGCCCAAAAUUUAUUUUAUAAGAAAAACUUUUCUGGUUAAAAAAAAGAAAGGAAUAAAGGUAUGAAAGGGA